UUUAAGCACCAAAAACAUUUACACACCCCCAACUUUAUCUCCCUCUCUCUCUAUCUCAACAACACAAACCCAGAUAACUGAGUUUAAUUCAGAGAAAGAAAAACAAACUCCCAACCAUGGUAUCAUUUCAAGCACCUUUCCUCCGACUAAACGAUCAACGAAACCCGAUUUCGGAAACUACUAAUAAUGAUAAUAAUGAUAUCAAUAAUUCCAAGAAUAUGAAAAGGAAGUGGGAUGAUGCAGAAGAUGAGGCAGAGGAAGAGGUCAUCCUUCCUUAUAAACAUUGGAGGAAUCCCAAGGCGGCAACUGCUGUUGCCGCUUUCGCUACCAAAUCUUUUUCAGAUAUCGAGCUUCACCUCGAGACUCCGUUGCCAUCCGAAUGGCAACGGUGCCUCGAUAUGCAGUCAGGAGAAAUACACUUCUACAACACAAGAACACAAAAAAGAACACAAAGAGAUCCAAGAGAAAGAAGCACAGACCCACCAAGUCCUAGGGAAUGUCACAUGAGUUUAGACCUUGAGCUAAACCUGCCUUGUGGCUCACUCAACCACAAUAAUAAUAAUAAUAUCUCAAAAUCAAAAUCAACAUCAGAAAAGAAGAGUCUUACAAUGAUGAUCAAGAACAAGAAACCGAGCUACUCACCACCGCCUCCUCCGGUUACUCCUAAUCUCUUCAGGAGUCUGAGCACCGCCGGAAACAACACCACCAUCGACCUCGAAGCGGCGGACGAGGAAGCCGAGAUGGUGGCUACCGCCUGCAAUCGGUGCCAUAUGCUGGUGAUGCUCUGCAAAACUUCACCAACAUGCCCCAACUGCAAAUAUGUGCACCCACCUUGCCAGACCCUUCUUGACCUGUUCAAGCCAAGACUUAGCCUAUCUUGUUAGUUUUUCUUAUUAGUAACAGCAACAUAUGAAUUGAUGAUGAUCAUAAGGUUGAGUGUUAAUAGCUAUUAUUAGGCCCAUAAUAAUAAUAAUACAAAAAAUAUUGUUUAGUAUGCUGCAAAAAAAAAAAAAAAAUCAAUAUAGAAUCAUGAGUAAGAAUGAUGUCAAAUUUACUAGUUAGUUGGCUCCUUAAUCAUCA